CACUAUACACAUGCCUGUUGCAAUCAAUAACACCCAGAAGGCAAAGAAACCCUCCUGCUGGGCAAACGGAACACGCAAAUGCAGGAAAACCAGGAGGAGCAUGGCCCACUUCAUGGCCUCAAUGGCUUCGAUGGCUCAACGAACUGAACUGCCCAGUGGUUUCGGCUGUAGCGCACUUCCGCCCUCCACUGGCGUCCUUGGAGGACGCGGGAGGACCCACACCUCCUUUUCCUGCGAGGGGAUAGGCCUUCUUUUAUUGCACUUCGCGUGACCUUAACCAUUUGGAGCAGUCCGUGUCAUGGCACGGUGAUAUGCCAGACGUUAUCUAACUGGAACUGGAACUGGAAUCCACUUAGUUAAAUUAGCAGCCAGGGAUGCCCUGCUCUAGAUUAAGCCUAGUCACGCCUUGGCUGGCUAACACUUCUAGUUAAUGCCUACGAGCUUGUGUAUCUAAAAGCUUGAACUCUGCUGACCCGCCAGGGGAUUCCCCCCAGCACCCCGUGGCACUCCACCGCUCACCUAGGCCUGCUCUGGACUCCUUGUUUGGACAGUUGGAAGCGCUGCCGCAUUUCCAUUUUGGGCUUCAGCACGUACGCCGCGCCGUUAGAACGACCUUAUAAAUACGGACAGAGUGGCGCAGUUGGUCAUCCAUUAUUAAUACGGCAGCAUUCCUAUAUCUGUGUGUGGAAAGCAGCUAGAGUUGUGGAGCUCCAGCUCUCAGUUACUUUGACUGUACAUUGUUUAUAUCAAAUUUACUCGCUUGUAUGUUGUGUUCAUGACAUCGCCUUAUGAUAACCCAAUUCAAAUUCCCCAGUAUGUCUCAUUAUCGUUAGACUCCUUUUUUGUUUGUUCAAAGCUUGUGACGAACGCUGGAUAAGAAAUAAUUUGUUAAAAACAAAGUUCUGUUUACUUAUAUUAGUUGUUACCAUUUAUUACUUUAAACAGAUUUAAGUCCUGCAGGACUAUUCUCCAAUGUUUCAUUUACAAGCACUUUAGUUAAAGUAAAGUAGUUGCAUUUUCAAAUGACUCAUUGUAGUUAAAGGUAGGCCACACCGACUGUUUUAUUGCCCACUUCACCUAGAGCACAAAGAAACGCAAAAGCACAGAAACACUGCGAAGAAAGAACCAGGUUCCCUUUAUCUAGAGAUACGGCGCUGAUGUACAUUGCCCAAUCAUUCAUGUUUUUAUAUCUCUGUCUAUAAUUCCCUUAUCAAUGCUUGCAACUGGAAUCGGUGUAAUAUAUGCGUGAUAUAUAGCGACGAUGUCGGUGGCCGGGCUUCGACAAUGUCUGCUGCUGUGGAGCGUCGACUACUGGAACCUGGAAGUCAUGGCGGACAAUGUCUUCAAGUCGCAAGAUAUCGGGCUGCGGGCGCAGAAGAAGAUCCUCUCACGCAUGGCCACCAAAAACAUCGCCAAGACCUUCAUCGAUGGGACGACGGCAUCGCUGCUGGACAACCUGUACAGGCUCUGCAAGAUGCACACCGGCAACAAGGCCAAGGCGGAGAAACUGAUCAAGAACAUCAUCAAGAUCGUGAUCAAGAUCGGUGUGCUCCACCGGAACAAUCAGUUCAGCGAUGAGGAGCUGCAGAAGGCAGAGCUCUUCAAGAGAAAGUUUCAGAACACCCAGCUGUCCAUCAUAUCAUUCUACGAAGUGGACUUCACGUUCGACCUGCCCUACCUGCAAAAGUCAAUAGCCGAAUCGCAAGUGGCGCUGAAGUCGAUUGUGCAGCCGCAUCUCACAGAGAAGUCGCUGGGCCGCAUCGACGAGGUGUUCGAUUUCUUUGGCGAAGAGGCGCUGCUGGAAACUGCUUUCCGACCGGACUCCCCCUACCGCGAAGUGAUGGGAAAGAUCGUGGCGGACAUAAAUGCCGCGAUGGAAACGGGAGAUAUCUGAGGAGAUCCGCCAAGCGAUCCGCCAAGCUGAGCUGUAAUUGCGUGCUAUGAACGAAAGGCUAUCUAUCGAAACCAAAAAGCAGCCAGUAGCUAGUUGCGAAUGGAAAACGCUUGCUUAAAGCUCACCCACCAACACCAACACCAACACCACCACCAAAAUGUAAAAUCUAGGUAUAGAAAUGGGCCAGCAGCGGCAGUGGGAGCUGAAAAAGCUGGUAAAGAAAGGAAAAAGACAUGUGUUUAAGGAAGGGUUUAGUUUAGUUUAACUAGUGAUAUACCAUUGACAACAAUAUCAAAAGUGUAAAGACGUCCGUAUUGUUUAUUUUGAUGACAACGUUAACAUUUGUGUACUCAAGGUCUAUAUAGUAAUAAUUAGGAAGAACCAAAUGCAUUUCGCCAAAGGAAUUCACUAAUCGGAAAUUGUAAACUCGAGCAAAAUGCUUUUAUCGGUGUGUAAGUCGUUGAUCGUAUGUGUGAAAGUAAUUAUAUAGUAUAUAAGUCUAAGUGUUAAAUGGGAAAUACUUCAGCACAUAAGCAAUUAAUUAUUCGUGGUCAACUUUUUGAUACUCCCAAACUCGCUGUGUGCACCCGCAAGUAACUAUAUCAGCGUCUGGGUCAGACCUUUUCGUACUUAAUCACCCAUCUCACCUGCAGUCGUUAGUCGAUGCUAAGUUGGUUAUGCUAAGUCGUCACCAGAACCUGUUUACCCCGUUCUGCACGUCUAUGUGUAUUUCUAUUCCAUUUCGUAUUCCAAGCCUCCAAGGGGUCAGUAACCUUAAGCAUUAUUUAUGAUACUCCCACAAUGAUAUUCAAUGAUCCAAGUACCCGAAACAUAUCGAAACCUUAUAAAAGACAUCAAUGCUAAGGGGACAAUAAGUUAUUUGCAUUUUUCUAUGACUUUUGGUUCGAUAUUCCGGCGAUGGAAGCACAAGUUUAGUGGUUUAGAUUUUAAAUAUUUAUUUGUUUACCAACAAAACUAUGUUGACUAUGAAAAUAAAAGCAACAACUACCAAACA